UCCGGCUAAAAGGAGGGCCAGGAGUACAGGAGAAUGAAGUGUUGAAUGGUGGAGCAGUCGCGAUGGGCUGAACGGCCUCAUUACUGCUCCUUCUUUCCCCCAGCUUCUCUCGGCUGGAGUUUCGACAGAGUGGGGAAAUGUAACUAAUUAGCUCGGAGAUCUCGGGGUUAUUUCACAACCGCCAGAGAGCGAGAUGAAAUCUGAUGCGAGCAAUGUAAUGUUACUCCGGCGAGAAGCUGAGGGAGCAGAAAUAAAAAAAGGGAGGGGGCUUCCAAGGCCACGCCUGCCCCGUGACGCCACCCCACAGAAGCGCGGACAGGAGCGACAUUAGAUAGACGCAUGUUGUGUUCUCUGUAUGUCUGUGAGAUCUUUCGGAGGGUAUAGUGACUUUCAAUGGAAGAGAGCAGAAGCAGCGAGAACAGGGAGAAACUUCUCGUUAACUCCCGCGCUUCUCUCUCCAAUUAUCCCCGGUGGAUGUGAUUCUUGACCUAUCGUUGGGUAUUUGGGAAGUCUGCAGUAUGUGGAAAGGGUCUAACAUGGAUAAAGCAGCAGCGGAUUGGCAGGAGGCAAAGAGUGGAAAUAAAGGGAGCCUUUUCUCCUGGGUUGCCGGUGACGGGGUCGGUGAUGGGACUGCUUCUUUUUACAUGAUCCUUUUUACCUUGUUGGAACACGGGCCAACCUGUUGAUUCUGAAUGGACAACCUUGGCUUUGAUACAAUGGAGGAAACCUUUUCUAAUUUCUCUGAUUUGACGAGUAGUCCAACCGCUGCUAUCAACAAAACCUGUUACUUGAACAAGGGCUUCCAGUUUUACUACCUGCCCAUCAUGUACAUCAUCGUCUUUGUCACCGGAUUCAUCGGCAACAGUGUUGCCCUCUGGAUGUUCAUAUUCCACAUGCGACCUUGGAGCAGCAUCACCAUCUACAUGUUCAACCUCGUCCUGGCCGAUCUCUUCUAUGUCUUCUCCUUGCCCAUUCUGAUCUUUUACUAUUUCAACAAGACAGACUGGAUCUUUGGUGAGGUCCUGUGCAAGCUGCAACGGUUUAUAUUCCACGUCAACUUGUACAGCAGCAUCUUGUUCCUCACCUGCAUCAGCGUCCAUAGGUACACGGGGGUUGUCCAUCCUAUGAAGUCGCUGGGCAGGCUGAAGAAGAAGUCCGCCAUCAUCGUCUGCACAUGUGUGUGGGUUGCCGUGGCAGUCAGCAUCUCCCCGAUACUGUACUUCUCCAGAACAGGGCUCAGGAAGAACAAAACCAACACCUGUUAUGACACAACGUCAAAAGAACUCCUUCACACAUACUUCAUCUACAGCAUGAGUACCACCUUCUUUGGAUUCUGUGUCCCCUUUGCCACCAUCUUGGUCUGUUACGGUUUCAUAGUGAAGGCGCUGAUAUCAAAUGACAUGAAGACUCCUCUACGGGGCAAGUCCGUGCGUCUGGUCAUCAUUGUGUUGCUGGUCUUCGCCAUCUCCUACUUGCCCUUCCACGUGAUGAAGAAUCUAAACCUUCAGUCCAGACUUUAUUACCAAGGGAUAGACACGUGCACGUGGAAUAAUAGGGUGUAUGCCAUGUACCAGGUGACCAGGGGUCUUGCCAGUCUCAACAGCUGCGUGGACCCCAUCCUGUACUUUUUGGCUGGUGACACCUUCAGGAGGAGAUUCACCUCUGCUGCCUCUAGGUUUGUGUCCAGGCGAAGUGGGGCCCAACAACCAUUCAGGAGUGAAGAUAGUCCACUGCAGGCUGUGACAAAUAUCUCACAAAAUGGAGACACUUCCCUAUGAACCUGUAUUUAGGCAGUGAACUGUGUCAUUUUCUCUAGGGUCAGCAGGUACUGUAAGCUAUUGCACUUGAGGCUGAUGUAAUUUCAAAGCAUUUGUCUCCAUAGGAAAUGACGAUGAGUGGGGUAUUCAGGAAUUAAGUGCUCAAGCAUGCUGUCCUUACAGAACCACUCUGAUUCCAAAUCAGUCUCCAUUGUGAACCUGAAACUUGAAUUUUUUAAAAAAAAUUGUUUUGGCAUUUGACAAGGUUUUUAAUUGUCGCUCCACUUCCUGCUGCAUCAUGACCCUCCCUCCCUGUCCUAGAGGUACCACCAUGGAUGCAUUUAGAAAUGGGCUUUAAAAGGUAAAGAGUUUAAACACCGUCAAAUGAGUUGUUUUGCCUCAAUGAGCAACACGACCUUAAAAUGUGCUGGGGGGCAGCUCACAAUUGUCACCAUGCUUCCAGUGCCAACAUAUUGUGCCCACAAAUGACUAAAAGUGACUUUUAUGUGUUUCUGAAACGUAGGAGGAAACUGGAACACCUGGAGGAAACCCAUAUGGUUACGGGGAGAUUGUACAAACUCCUUACAGAUGGUGGAGGGAAUUGAACCCUGACCUUCCGAAUGCUGUUGCUGCAAAGCGUUACGCUAACUGCUAUGCUACUGUGCUGCCCAUCGGUCUCAUCCAGCAGGAGGUACCAAACCCAGCACUGUCCAUCCCCAUAAAGUGGCACAGUGCCACUGUCAGUAGAGCUGCUGCCUAACAGCUCCAAUAAACCAAGCUAAGUCCUCACCUCUGACGCUGCAGCGUUUGUUCCUUCUCCGUGAAAUUAAUUCUCCUGCAGCCAUUCACACUAGAACAAGGAAGUACAAUAGAAUCAAUGUAAAACCACACACAAAGACGGACAAACAACCAGCAUGCAAAAUACGACAAACUAACAAUGUGCAAAAGAAGACAAGCUGUGCAAAUACAAAAAAAAACAAAUAGUAAUAAAAAAUAAGUAAAUAAAUAAUACUGAGAACUUGAGUUAUAGAAUCCUUCAAAGUGAGUCGGUAGGUUGCAGAAUCAGUUCAGUAUUGACGUGAGUGAAGUUAUCCAUGCUGAUUCAGGAGCGUGGGGGUUGGAGGUUGUAAAUUGUAAUAGGGUUGCAUGUGACAAUGAGAAACAGUUUUUCGAUGUUAAAUCUGGAAGGCUGCAAUGAAACUAGCUGAAGAGUAAGCUACUGUUUUUCAAGCUUAUUGGCUCUGGCCCUGAGUACAGUUCUCCACUGAAUGCAAAUAGACUGUUGGACGUUAAACUACUCUCCACCUGUACCUAACAAAGUGGUCACAGAGUCACUGAGUAUACGUUCAUCAUCUUCUGCUGCUGUAGCAGAUCCACUUCAAGAUUCAAUAUGUUGUGUUUUCAGAGAUGCUCUUUUGCACUGUUAUAACAUGGGGUUAUUUGAGUUAAUGUCGCCAAUCUGAUCAUUCACUUCUGAUCUCUGUCAUUAACAAGGCAUUUUCACGCACAGAGCUGCUGCUCACUGGAUGUUGUUUGUUUUACACACCAUUCUCUGUAAACUGGAUGGGGUGGGGGCCGUCUCCAACGAGAUCCAACCAGUAAACAAACUUCGCCUCCUCCAGCGGGAUCCUGUACGUCGGUGAGACCUGACGUAGAUUGGAAGACUGCUUCACCAAGCAUCUAUGCUCCAUCCGCAAGAACAAGCGGGAACUCCCAGUGGCCACCCAUUUUAAUUCCACUUACCAUUCCCACUCCGAUAUGUCAAUCCAUGACCAUCUCCACUGUCGUGAUGAGGCCACACUUAGGGUGGAGGAACAACACCUUAUAUUCCAUUUGGGUAGCCUCCAACCUGAUGGCAUGAACAUUGAUUUCUCAAACUUCUGGUAAUACCCUCCCCCCCUUCACCAUUUUCCAUCCCCUUUUCUCUCUCUCAUCUCCUUGCCUGCCCAUCGCCUCCCUCUGGUGCUCCUUUCCCCUUUUUCUUUCUUCCAUGGCCUUCUGUCUUUUUCACCAAUCAACUUCCCAGCUCUUUACUUCAUUCCUCCCCCUCCAGGUUUCUCCUAUCACCUGGUGGCUCUGUCUCCCCUACCCCAACCCCCCAUCUUUCAAAUCUACUCCUCAGCUUAUUUUUCCCAGUCCUGAUGAAGGGUUUUGGCCUGAAAUGUCAACUGUACUUUUUUUUUCCAGAGAUGCUACUUGGCCUGCUGUGUUCCACCAGCAAUUUGUCUGUCUGUAUCUUGUUUUACGGCGGUUGGCAUCCAGCUUAAUGGUGCAUUACCGCCAACCAGCAAUUUGUGUGUGUUACAAGGAACUUUAAAUGCUUAAUGACUGUCGUAAACAACAAUUAACAUGUUCAAGUGCUCUCAAAGGUUCAGAGCCCAGUGCUCUCUGGCGCCCCACACAGGCCAGGAGAACUCAUUACACCAUCAAGUGUUCCUGGCGUUCCAUUUGCUCCAUUCCCACAUUCCCACCAUGGGUCACCCAAAUCCUGCAUCUGAACCUGAGCCCUCCUUCAUCUUACCUGUUUUUGUGACUUACAAUCAAAGUAUCAACUAUUCUUUCCCACCUUUCCAUCUCUGCAACUGUUACAAUCACUCAGUGUACAAAGUGAAUGAAUACAAAGCAAUUUUUGGCCUCCUCUACAGCUAUGAUGAGACCACUCUCAGACUGAAAGAACAAUACUUCAUAUUGUGUCCGGGAAUGAAAGAACAACACAUCAUAUUCUGGCCAGGUAGCCUCCAACCUGAUGGAAUGAGUACUGAUUUUUUUUAACUUCCAAUAAUUUCUCCCCAUCCCUUUCCCCCCAUAUCAUUCCUCAUUCUGGUUCACCUCUUACCACUUCUCAUCUCCUCACCAGCCCACGCCCGUCUACCAAUCAUCCUCAGACAUGCCCACCACCUACCUACAGAAUCAGAAUCAGAUUUAAUAUCACCGCCCUAUGCCAUGAAAUUUUUUGUUAUGCUGCAGCAGAACAUUGCAAUACAUAAUAAUUAAAAUUUGUAAGUUACAGUAAGUGUAUACAUAUUAAAUAAAUUAAUAGUACAAAAAGAGAAACAGAAGUAAUGAGGUGGUGUUUGUAGGUUCAAUGUCCACUCUGAAAUCUGAUGGCAGAGAGGAAGAAGCUGUUCCCAAAUCAUGAGUGUGUGCUUUCAGGCUCCUGUGCCUCAUCCCUGAGGGUAGCAAUGAGGAGAGGGCAUGUCCCAGGUGAUGGAGGUCCUUAGUGAUCGAUGCCACAUUUAUGAAAGCAUCGCCCCUCUGAAUAUGUCAUGGAUACGGGGGAGGCUAGCGCCCAAUAUAGAACUGACUUUUAGUAAUGGCAUCCGUUAGUCUUGCAAGACCAUGGAUCUGUGCCUGGAAAGUCUUCACUCUCUAGGGCGCAGGCCUGGGCAAGGUUGUAUGGAAGACCAGCAGUUGCCCAUGCUGCAAGUCUCCCCCCUCCACGACACCAAUGUUGUCCAAGGGAAGGGCAUUAGGACCCAUACAGCUUGGCACCAGUGUGGUCGCAGAGCAAUGUGUGAUUAAGUGCUUUGCUCAAGGACACAACAUGUUGCCUUGGCUGGGGCUCGAAUUCACGACCUUUAGGUCGCUAAUCCAAUGCCUUAACCACUUGGCCACACAUCACAACUUUUAAGUAGGGCAAUUUACAGUUAGUCUACCGACCUGCACAUCUUUAAGGUGCUGGAGGAAGAUGGGAAGUUGCAAUUCAUAUUGCGAACGUGCAAAAUGUUGUACCUGGAUCCUUGGGACUCUGAUGCAACAGAGAUGACCACUGUGUCACCAUAGUCACAGAGUCAUAGAGGAACACAGCAUAGAAACAGGCCCUUCAACCUCAUCUACUUCAGACGUCCUCAGUAAUCGGGUGCUAAGAUAUCAGCAGCCCACCUUACUCUCUAUACAAACUUACUAUCCACUUAAAGUAAAGGAAAUCCUACAAUGGGAAGGAAAGUUAGCUUUCGUUUCCCUCAAUUCCCACCCCCCAUUCAGAUAUUCAGAUUCAAAUAGAGUCACACGGUAGCCUAGCGGUUAGAGUAACACCUUGCAGAACUAGCUGCAAAGUUUGGGGUUCAAUUUUUGCCACUGUCUGUAAGUGUAGUGACACGUGGCCAGCCCAGCACAAUCCUUUCUGAUUUGGUUUGAUGCAAACUGACGCUUUUCACUGCAACACACACAAGAUGCUGGAGGAACUCAGCAGGUCAGGCAGCAUCGAUGGAAAUGAUGCGGAUUUAGGACUGAGACCCUCCAUCAGGUCAGAUUUCACUGUAUGUUUUGAAGUACGUAUGACUAAUAUGGCUAGUCUUUAAUCUUUUAUAGACAAUCCAUAGAUAAUCUGCACAUUAAUCCCAUUCACUGGCCUUAUCUCUACUUUCCCCAGUAUCUUUUAAUAGUAUUAUUCUGUCAAUCUCAGAUUUAAAAUAUUUUAUUGAGUAACCACCACUUCCUUUUGCCAGAUCUAUAUUUUGAUCUUGUGUGAAGAAACCUAUCCCCGCCCCUCUCCUGAGAGAAUGGCCUCUUGAUUUUUUUCUUCAGUCAGUCUCAUGGCCUUGAAAAGACUGAUCAAUCUCAGAUUCCAAUCUUUCAUAUGUCACCCACCUUCAAAAACCUUUGGCAGGACAGAAGUCUUGAUCAAUGUCAAAGAUGACCUGAGACACUCAGAAUUUGAAACUGCUCAUUGUUUUCACUGCUGAUCCCUCGACGAGGACUGGUUGGUGUUACCUCGAUUUAUCCUUCCUUAAGUUCACGUCAGUUUCUUGGUCUUACAGACAUUGAAUGCAGGGUUGUUGUUGAUAGACCACUCAAUGAGCUGAUCUAUCUCGCUCCUGUACACCUCCUACUUACCAUCUGAAAUUCUGUCAACAAUAGUUGUGUCAGCGUCAAAUUUAUAAAUGGUGUUUGAGCUGUGCCCAGCCACGCAGUCCUGUGUGUAGACAAAGUAGAGCAGUGGGUUUACUCCUUGAGGUGCGCCAGUGUUGAUUAUCAGCAUUGAGGAGAUGAUAUUUCUGAUCUGCACUGACUGUGUUCUCCCGGUGAGGAAGUCAAAAAUCCAGUUGUGGAUGGAGGUACUGAGACUCAGAAUUUGGAGCUUGUUGAUUAGAACUGACGGUAUGAUUGUGUUGAAACCUGAGUUGUAAUCAAAAAACAGCAGCCUGAUGAAGGUGUUGCUAUUGACCAGGUAAUCCAAGGCCAAAUGGAGAGCCAGUGAGAUUGCACUAGCUGUAGACCUAUUGUGGCAAUAGGCAAAUUGCAGUGGGUCCAGGUUCUUUCUUAGGCAGGAGUUGAUUCUAGUCAAGACCAAUCUCCCAAAGCAGUUCAUCGCAGUGGAUGUGAGUAACGACUGGGCAGCUCAACCUGCUCUCCUUGGGCACUGUUAUGAUUCUCACCCUUUAGAGGCAAGUGGGAACCUCCAACUGCAUCACUGAGAAUGAAGGUGCCCUUGAACACUCCUGCCAGUUGCUUGGCACAGGUUUUUAGUGCUCUACUAGGUACACUGUCUAGGUACACUAGGUACGCCUUGCGAGGUUGCACCCUCUUGAAAGAUGUUCUGAUGUCUGCUUCUGAGACAGAGGCUACAGGGUCACCAGAUGCCUCAAGGAUUCACACAGGUGUAGUUUUAUUCUCCCUUUCAAAGUAUGCAUAAAAGGCAUUGAUUUCAUCUGGGUGUGACAUCACAGCCGUUCAUGAUUGUGGGAAAUAAUGGCCUGCACACCCUGCCAGAGCAUCUGAUUCCAUCUCUAACUUCAAUUGGAAUUGUUUUCUCACUCCUAAUAUAGCCUUUCACAGGUCGUACCUGUCCUUCCAGUUUAAUUCUGGAGCAAAGGUUCAAAGGUUAAUUUUAUUUUCAAAGUGUGCAUGUAGAAUACAAUUCUGAUAUUUGUCUUCUCCAGCUAGCCAUGAAAUACAGAAAAAACACAAGAGUCGUUGAAAGAAAAGUCAUCAGCCCCCCUCCCCUCAUGAAAAGGAAAAGAAACAAAACUCGCAAAUCCCAACCCUGCCAUCCCUUCCCUCGCACAAAAGAACUGACAGAUUAUCCACACAGAAACGACAGCUGGAAUACAAAAUCCCAAACCCCCCAACCCCUCCCUUAUACAAAAACCAACAGAUCAUAAUCUGUUGCUUGAAUUUCCAGCAUCUGCAGAAUUCCUGUUGUUUGAUCAUAAUCAGAAUCAUGUUUAUUAUCACUGGCAGGUGAUGUGAAAUUUGUUAACUUAGCAGCAGCAGCAGUUCAAUGCAAUGCAUAAUAUUAACGAGAAAAAAAAUAAAUCAAUUACAGUAUAAGUAUAUUGAAUAGAUUAAAAAAUGUGCUAGAAACAGAAAUUCUGUAUAUUUAAAAAAGUGAGGUUCAAUGUCCAUUUAGGAAUCGGAUGACAGAGGGGAAGAAGCUGUUCCUGAAUCGCUGAGUGUGCGCCUUCAGGCUUCUGUAUCUCCUACAUGAUGGUAACAGUGAGAAAAGGGCAUGCCCAGGGUGUUGGAGGUCCUUAAUAAUGGUUGCUGCCUUUCUGAGACACCACUCCCUGAAGAUGUCCUGGGUACUUUGUAGGCUAGUGCCCGAGAUGGAGCUGACUAGAUUUACAACCCUCUGCAGCUUCUUUCGGUCCUGUGCAGUAGUCCCCCAACCCCCACCCCCCAUACCAGACAGUGAUGCAGUCUGUCAGAAUGCUCUCCAUGGUACAUCUGUAGAAGUUUUCGAGUGUAUUUGUUGACAUGCCAAAUCUCUUCAAACUCCUAAUGAAGUAUAGCCACUGUUUGGCCUUCUUUAUAACUACAUCAGUAUACUGGGACCAGGUUAGAUCCCCAGAGAUCUUGACACCCAGGAACUUGAAGCUGCUCACUCUCUCCACUUCUGAUCGCUCUAUGAGGAUUGGUAUGUGUUCCUUUGUCGUACCCUUCCAGAAGUCCUCAAUCAGCUCUUUUGUCUUACUAACGUUGAGUGCCAGGUUGUUGCUGUGGCACCACUCCACUAGUUGGCAUAUCUCACUCCUGUAUACACUCUCAUCUCCAUCUGAGAUUCUACAAAACAAUGGUUGUAUCAUCAGCAAGUUUAUAGAUGCUAUUUGAGCUAUGCCUAGCCACACAGUCAUGGGUAUAUAGAGAGUAGAUCAGUCAGCUAAGCACACACCCCUGAGGUGUGCCAGUGUUGAUGAUCAGUGAGGAGGAUAUGUUACCACUAACUGCACAGAUUAUGGAAUUCCGGUUAGGAAAUUGCAGGGGGAGGUACAGAGACCCAGGUUCUGCAACUUCUUACUCAGGAUUGUGGGAAUGAUGGUAUUAAAUGCCGAGCUAUAGUCGAUGAACAGCAUCCUGACAUAGGUGUUUGUGUUGUCCAGGUGGUUUACUGUAAAGCUGUGUGGAGAGCCAUUGAGAUUGCAUCUGCUGUUGACCUGUUAUGGUGGUGAUAGGCAAAUUGCAAUGGGUCCAGGCCCUUGCUGAGGCAGGAGUUCAGUCUAGUCAUGAGCAACCUCUCAAAGCAGUUCAUCACUGUCGAUGUGAGUGAUACCGGGCGAUAGUCAUUAAGGCAGCUCACAUUAUUCUUCUUAGGCACUGGUAUAAUUGUUGCCUUUAUGAAGCAAGUGGGAACAGUGAGAGGUUGAAAAUGUCCUUGAAUACUCCUGCUAGUUGGUUGGCACAGGUUUUCAGAGCCUUGCCAGGUACUCCCUCUGGGCCUUCCACCUUGCGAGGGUUCACUUUCUUUAAAGACAGCCUUUCAUCGGCCUCUGAGACAGGGAUCACAGGGUCAUCAGGUGCAGCAGGGAUCUUCACAGCUGUGAUUGUGUUCUUCCUUUCAAAGCAGGCAUAGAAGGCCUUGAGUUCAUCUGGUAGUGAAGCAUUACUGCCUUUGUAGGAAGUAAUGUCUUGCAAACCCUGCCAGAGUUACUGUGCAUCCAAUAUUGCCUCCAACUUCAUUUGAAAUUGUCCCUUCGCCCUUGAAAUAGCCCUCUGCAAAUCAUACCUGGUUUUCUGGUACUGGCGUGGGUUGCCAGCCCUGAAUGCCACAGAUCUAGCCUUCAGCAGACGACCUACCUCCUACUUUGUCCACGGCUUUUGGUUUAGGAAUGUACAGUAAGUCUUUGUAGGCACACACUCAUCCACACCUGGAAGACGGCAGCCAGAGCAUCAGAAUCCCCAAACUCCCAACACCUUCCCUCACAAAAAGAACAGCGGAAACAGCACCAAACCCCUUACCGCCUCUCCCACACAGUAAAACAGAUCGUCCACACAGAAAAACCAAUAGGAACAUCAGAUUCCAAAUCCCGAACCCCUCCCUUGCACAAAAGCUAACACAUCGCCCACCCAGAACCCCAACCCGUCAAUCAGGAACGGGAAAGAAAACAGGAAACUGAAGGAGACCAAUAUAAACUACAGUUCAAUAAUCACAUAAAUCUCAUCUCAGAAUUUCAAAAACAUCAGGAGAUUAAUGUAAUUACUGGACUGUAGUUUGGUCUUGAAUGCCACAGAUCUAGCUAUCAGAUGACUACAAACUUCCUUGUUUAUUCACAGCUUUUGAUUUGGGUAUGUCCGGUAUGUUCUUGGAAGCACACACUCAUCCACACAAGUCUAAAUGAAAACAAUGGCAUAUUCAUUCAGAUUCAAAGGUGAAUCCUUGAAUGUUGUCCAGUCCACCAACUCAACACAGUCCUGUGGGUCCACCUUCCUUAACCAGACCUUAAUGGUCUUCACUACUACUGCUACUGUCUGUAGUCUCUGCCCAUAUGCCAGGUGUAGAAGUUAUCGGACUUUUCAAAAGUUUGGGCAUGGGGUGGCACGGUAAGCAUUCUUGAUGGUGGCAUAACAGUAGUCAAGUACUGUAUCUGUAGAAUAUUUUGUGUCUCUGUAUUUCCCCAUUCCUCUUCAACAACCAGUGAUUUCCCGGACCGUUUUAAGUACUUUAAUUAUUUUACUUCCUGAAUGCAGGAAUACAUUUAGUGUAACCUCAUAAUUUAACAGUGUUCGUCCAUUUGUCUUGCUGGUAAAAGAAGAGUAGUGUGGUCAGUGAUGUCCAUCAUGUUGGGUACAGAAGAGGAAAUCUUAUUAGGUACACCUGCUCAUUGAUGUGAAUAUCUAAUCAGUCGCUGAGUUCAUAAAAGUAAUGCAGACAUGAUCAGGAGGUUCAAUUGUUGUUCAGAAUGGGGAAGAAAUGUGAUCUAAGUGACUUUGACUGUGGAAUGAUUGUUGGUGCCAGAUGGGGUGGUUUGAAUAUCUCAGAGUCUGCUGAUCUCCUAGGAUAUUCACACGCAACAGUCUCUGGAAUUUACAGAGGAUGGUGCAAAAAACAAACAAGAAAAAGAUCAGUGAGGGGCAGUUGUUGUUAAUGAGGGAGGCUGGACUAGUUCAUGCUGACAGGAAAGCGACAGUAGCACAAGAUUCAUAAUUGUUUAAUGUCAUUUACAGUACACUAGUGUAAAGGAGAAUUCAGUAACAGCUACUCAUAACCACAUGUUACAACAGUGGUGUGCAGAAAAGCAUCUCUGAAUGCACAACACAUUGAACCUGAAGUGGAUGGGCUACACAGUAGAAGACCACAAUUGUGCACUCAGUGGCCACUUUAUUAGGUACAAGAUAUAUCUAAUAAAGUGGCCACUGAUUGUACUCAUUUUCCAAGGAAACAGAACUAAAACCUGGAGGAUAUUGGUUAAAUGUUGGGGGGAGGGGGGAAGGAGAAGAUUUGGAAGGGACUUGGGCAACCUCUUCACACAGUGGGGGUCGCAUAUAUGGAUCAACCUGUCUGAGGAAGUAGUUGAGGCAGAUGCAAUAACAACAUUUGAAAAACAUUUGGAUAAGUAUUGUACAAGUGUAGGAGGGACUGGAAGAGAUAUGGACCAAAUGUGGAAACAGUAGUUAGCAGGGACAAGUUGGGCUGAAAGGCCUGUUUUCAUAGUCAUAGUCAUACUUUAUUGAUCCCAGGGGGAAACUGGUUUUUGUUACAGUUGCACCAUAAAUAAUAAAUAGCAAUAGAAUCAUAAAUAGUUAAAUAGUAAUAUGUAAAUUAUGCCAGUAAAUUGUGAACUAAGUCCAGGACCAGCCUAUCAGCACAGGGUAUCUGACCCUCCAAGGGAGGAGUUGUAAAGUUUGAUGGCCACAGGCAGGAAUGACUUCCUAUGAUGCUCUGUGUUGCAUCUUGGAGGAAUGAGUCUCUGGCUGAAUGUACUCCUGUGCCCACCCAGUACAUUAUGUAGUGGAUGGGAGACAUUGUCCAAGAUGGCAUGCAACUUAGACAGCAUCCUCUUUUCAGACACCACCGUGAAAGAGUCCAGUUCCAUCCCCACAACAUCACUGGCCUUACGAAUAAAUUUGUUGAUUCUGUUGGUGUCUGCUACCCUCAGCCAACUACCCCAGCACACAACAGCAAACAUGAUAGCACUGGCCACCACAGACUCGUAGAACAUCCUCAGCAUCGUCCAGCAGAUGUUAAAGGACCUCAGUCUCCUCAGGAAAUAGAGACGGCUCUGACCCUUCUUGUAGACAGCCUCAGUGUUCUUUGACCAGUCCAGUUUAUUGUCAAUUCGUAUCCCCAGGUAAUUCAUGCUGUAUUACUCUAUGACUGGGCACAGAGGCUAUCUCCUGCUCAUAUUUUCUUGUGUCCUCCUGCUCUGUGACAUGUGAAGAUCUUCCCUAGUUCUGGCCUCAUGCUCAAACCUGAUUUGGAUCACUCUACACCAGGAUGACAUACCUUGCCUUUCCUUUAUCCUGUAAUUCCCUCUCAAACUCUUGUUUCCCCUGGUGUUGCUUGAAACUCACCUCUUAGACAAGACUUUUGGUUGUCGUUCUGGAGUCUCGGGUGGUUCACUGUCAGAAUCAAAGAACUUUAGAUGGAUAAUGUUUUGGUUCAAGGUGUUGUAAAGUUUUAGAACAUAGAACAGUACAGCACAGGCUUUUCAACCCAUGAUGCUCUGCCAAACCUUUAACCUACACCAAUAUUAAUCAAAUCCACAUAACCAAUCAUUCUUCUUCCACCCAUGUGUCUAUCUAAGACUCUUGAAUGUCCCUAAUGUAUCUUCUUCUUCCACCACCUUUAGCUGCAAGUUCCAGGGAACCACUACUCUGUAAAAAAACCUAUGUCUGACAUCCCCCAAAUAUUCCUCCAAUCACUUUAAAAUUAUGCCCCUUAUAUUACCCAUCUCAGCCUUAGGACAUAUGUGCUGGCUGUCCAUUCUAUCAAUGCCCCAUCAUCUUAUACACUUCUAUCAAGUUACCUCUCAUCCUCCUUCACUCUAAAGAGAAACGGUCUAACUUGCUUAAUCUUUCCUCAUAAGACAUGUUCUCUAAUCCAGGCAGCAUCCUGGUAAAUCUCCUCUGCACCCUCUCCAAAGAAACCUCAUCUUUCUUUUCAUGAGGCUACCAGAAAUUAACACAAUACACCAGUCCUGCUGAAGGGUUUUGACCUGAAACAUCGACUGUACUCUUUUCCAUAGAUGCUGUCUGACCUGCUGUUCCUCUAGCAUUUUGUGUGUGUUGCUUGGAUUUCCAGCAUCAGCAGAUUUUCUCGUGCUUACAGUAUGCCAAGUGUGGUUGAACCUGGAUUUUAUAGAGCUACAACAUUUCCUCAUGGCUCUUGAACUCAAUCCCCCAUCUAAUGAAGGCCAACACACAAUAUGCUUGUGUAACCACCCUAUCAACUUGCGUAGUAGCUUUGAGGGAUCUAUGGCCAAAGACCCCAAGAAACCUCUGGAUCUCCACUUUUGCUGUAUUACUGGCUAUAUUAUGUGACCAAUGUGCCAGCAUUCUACCUGGGGUCUGAGUGGAGUUGAGCCGCUGGCAGAGGGGUUGGAGUUGGAUGUAUGAUUGGAGAUUUGGAGGGACGAGGGAAGUGAAUAGUUAGUGGGAAACAGUUUGUCAAUCAGAAUCAGGUCUACUACCUCUGAUGCAAGUCAUGAAAUCUGUUGUUUUGCAGCAGCAGUAUCGGGCAAGCAUAACAAAUUACUAUAAAUCACAAUAAAAGUAAAACAUAAAGAGUGCAAGAAAGGAAUAAUGAGGCAAUGUUCACACGUUCAUGAACAAUUUAGAGAUCCAAUGGCAGAGGGGAAGAAGCUGUUUCUAAAAUAUUGAGCACAUAUCUUCAGGCUCCUGUACCUCUUCCUUGAUAGGGAGAGCGGGGUAUGUCCUGGGUGAUUAUGGUCAUUAAUGAUGGAUGCCAUAGUCUUGAAGCAUUGCCUUUGGAAGAACCUGGGCAAGCACUUGUUUGUUCAUUGUUUACCGUGUCAUACGACGUGGGCGAUCAUGGUCCUUCCAUCACCAUGAUUGUUCUUGGCAAAUUUUUCUACAGAAGUGGUUUGCCAUUGCCUCCUUCUGUGUAGUGUCUUUACAAGAUGGGUGACCCCAACCAUUAUCAAUACUCUUCAGAGAUUGUCUACGUCCGUGGUCGCAUAACCAGGACUUAUGAUAUGCACCAGCUGCUGAUACGACCCAUCCUCUCCUGCUUCCAUGGCUUCAUGUGACCCUGUUUGGGAGGGCUAAGCAAGUGUUACCACCUCGCCCAAGGGCGACCUGCAGGCUAACAGAGGGAAGGAGCGACUUACACCUCCUUUGGUAGAGACGCAUCACCCUGCCACCCAAGGGCAAACACUAGCCUAAUGCUAUAACUGUUAUCCCCCCCCCCCACCACACCCCACCUUCCCCCAGACUACUUCGAGUCAAAUGCCUUCCUUUCACUGAGGCACUAAGAAAAUUCCAGAAACACGCAGUGGGUUAGGCCCCAUCUGUGAGAAGAGAAACAGCAGUGAUGUUUCAGCUUGAAGACCCUAGAUCUGAAUCUUUGACCUGAAACCUUGGCUUGGUUUCUCUUCCCGCAGCUGCUGCCAGUCCCCCUGAAAGAACGCAGCAUCUAUGGAGGGAAAUAAACAGCCAACAUUUCGGGCCGAGAUCUUUCAUCAGGACUCCCUGCUGGAGUGUUGCCAGCAUAUCCAGAUUUUCUUUCAGAUUUGCAGUAUCUGCAUGAUUUUUGAUUGGCAUUGACACGAGCAAAGUGAAAAGGAGUAAACUUACAAAUACCCGGAGAGUUAACCUAGCAUGGAUCGAAUGCUGUGUAAAAAAUUACUGGCCAGUACCUGAUGAUACUCAUUUCGCCAAAUUAUACGGCACAGCCGUUUUGUAACCAACUGAUGUGAGAUUGAGUCUUGGGUCCAGACAUUGCUGAACUUAGUGGCAACUCAGACUUUAUCACUUUGGUUUGAUGUAUUAAAAAGUUCUAAUUACAAAAGCUUUAUGAGGAAAGGUUGAGAGAGCUAGGGCUUUUUAAUGUUCAAAAUUCAAAGUAACCAUAUGCAACCCUAAGAUUCAUUUUGCUUGUGGUUCUACAGAAUAAAUAACCAAGAAGCACAUUAGAAUUAAUGAAAGACCACACCUAACAGAACGGACAACAAUGUUCAAAAAAACAAGUGGAGUGAAUGCAAAUAAAAAAGAAAAAAAAGAAAUAAUAACAAUAAAAGAAUUAAGCAAUAAAUAUUGAGAAGUGUUUGGCCCAUAACCUUCUCAACCUUUCCAAUCCAUGUACCUGUCUAACUGCCUUUCAAAAAUUACAAUUGUACUUGCCAACCACUUCCUCUCAAACCAUAUCCAUAUAUGCUUGUUCCACAAACUGUAUAUACCUACUUUUGCUUAAUAAAAUUCUGCUCCUCUAGUUCCUAUUAAAUCUCUCCCCUUUCACCUUUAACCUAUGCUCUUUAGUUCUUGAUUCCCUAACCCUGAGAAAAGGACAGAGUCCAUUCACCUUAAUUCUGCUGCAUAUGACUUUAAAUACCUGUAUAGGAUUACCUCUCAGUCUCCUAUGCUCUAAGCAACAACGUCUUAGCCUGUCCAACCUCUCCAUAUAUCUCUGUCCUUCAAAUCCUGGUAAAAUCCUUGUACAAUUUUCUGCAUUUUUUCAGUAUAAUGAUAUCUUUCCCAUAGCAGGGCAACCCAAACAGAGCAGAAUUUUCCAAGUCCAGCUUCACCAUUGUCCUGAACAGCUGCAGAUUUCACUAGGCUAGGAUACAUGGCCAGUUGGUAUCAUGUUUACUUGCUUUGAUUUCAUUCCUCUCACAUCCCAUUCUUUGAAAUGUGGAUCAUUCUGGCAAGGCCAUUGUUUAUCAUCCAUUCCAGUUUCCUUUGGAAAUUUCUAGUGAUCUUUGUCCUUGGGCCACUGCAGUGGAGUCACUCAUCAGACCUAUAGACAUAGUCAUACUCCACGGAAACAGACUGUUCAGCCCAAUGUUCAUGCCCACUGUGAGAUUGUGUGAGCUAGUCCCAUCUACCUGUGUGUGGCCCACAGUCCUUCAAGUAUCCCCUAUCCAUGUACUUAUCUGAAUGGUUUUUCAAUAUUGCUAAUGUGUCCAACCCAAUCACUACCUCUUGUAGCACACACCAAAUACAGACCACCCUCUGUGUGAAGAAUAUGACUUGAAUUCCCUUUUAAAUCUCUCAACUCUGACCUUAUACCUAUAGUCUCUUGUAUAGGCAAUGUGCUUUCACCCCCUUUCUUUGCUCCUCAAGAUCUUAUACACCUUUAUCAGGUCACUCCACUCCCAUUUUCCUACAUUCCAGGAAGUAAAGUCCUGAUGUUCUUUGGAGAUGGAAAGGAUGGUCGAUGGUAUUCUCCAAAGUAACUUAAGUGAACCAGAUACGUUUUAUAAAUAAGAAAAAGAAGUCUUUUCUAACUUGCAGAUUUCCACUUUCCAAUUAGCAGUAUUGGAUUCUUAAUCAGUUCAAAGGACUAAGUGACUCAUUCUGGCUUCUUAAUCAUUCUUACUGCAUGUUAUCAGAUUUCAAUUAAACUAUCUUCCAAUUCCUAAGAGCAAAAUGAAAGUGAAAUUUAUUAUCAAAAUGGAAUGUAGAAAGUUGCACAGAUUACAGGCCCUUUGUCCCAUGAAGUUGUGUCAGCCUUUAAUUUACACUAAGAUCAAUUUAACCUUUUCUUCCUUCAAAUCCCUCUAUCAUGCCUGCACCUACCUAAGAGUUUCUUAAAUACCUCUAAUGUACCUACCUCUACCACCAACUCUGGCAAGGCGUUCUCUGCACCCACCACUCUGUGUGUGAAGAACUUAGCUCUGAUAUCCCGUUAUACUUUCCUCCAAUCACCUUUAAGUUAUGCUUCCUGUGGGAAAAAGUUUCUGGCUAUCAACUCAAUCUGUGGUUCUUAUCAUCUUGAACUCCUCUCUGAAGUCAUCUCUCAUCUUCCUUCAGUCCAAAGAGAGGAACUGGCUCAACCUCUCUUCAUAAGGCAUACCUCUCACCCAGGCAGCGUCCUUGUAAAUCUCCUCUACACCCUGCCUAAAGCUUCCACAUCCUUCCUAUAAUCAGGUGAACAGAACUGAAUACAGUAUUCCAACACAACAAACCCAAAAUGCUGGAGGAACUCUGUGCUGGAAAGGCAGCAUCUAUGGAAAUGAAUAAGCAGUUGAUGUUUCAGGCCGAGACCCUUCUUCACGACUGAAAAGGAAGAGGGAAAUUGCCACAGUAAAAAGGUGGGGGGAAGAGAAGGAGGAUAGCUGGAAGGUGAUAGGUGAAGCCAGGUGGGUGGGAAAGAUAAAAGGCUGGAGAGGAAGGAAUCUGAUAGGAGAGGAGAGUGGACCAUAGGAAAGGGGAGUGUGAUCUAAUCAGAGUUUUAUAGAGCUACAGCAUUAUCUCAUGGCUUUUGAACUCAAUCCCCCUGACAACUGAAGGCUAACAUAUCAUAUAUCUGCUGAACAAGCCUGUCAAUUUGCUCGGCAACUUUGAGGGAUCUGUUAAUGUGGAGCCCAAGAAAUCUGUCAUUAGCCCUGUAUCCUUUCUUCAAAUUCGACCUUCCAAAUUGAAUCUGUAUUCCAAAAUAUGAAUAUUUUACCAUAUACUACCUCGAAAUUCAUUUUCUUGCUGGCACUUACAGGUAAAUAAAGAAAUACUAUAGAAUUUACAAAAAAAAACCUCUACAUAACCAAAGGCUGACAAACGACCAAAGUGAAAAAGAAGACAAACUGUGCUAAUGAAAAAAAAUAAUACUGAGAACGUGAGCUUCGGAGUCCUUAAAAGUGGAUCCAUAGUUGUGAAAUCAGUUCAGUGUUGAGGAAAGUGAAGUUAUCCAUUCUGGUUCAAGAGCCUGAUAGUUGAAGGGUAAUAUCUAUUCCUGAAUCUGGUGGUAUGGGAUGAAAUGCUUCUGUACCUCCUUCCUGAUGAUACCACUGAGACGAGGGCAUGGUCUGGAUGGUUUGGGUCCUUGAUUUUGGAUGUUGCUCUCUUGUAGCAGUGCCCCUUUUCAAAUCCCUUACUCACUCUUCCUUCAGUUAGUCCUGACGAAGGGUCUCGGCCUGAAACGUCGACUGCGCCUCUUCCUAUAGAUGCUGCUUGGCCUGCUGCGUUCACCAGCAACUUUGAUGUGUGUUGCUUGAAUUUCCAGCAUCUGCAGAAUUCCUGUUGUUCCCCAUUUAAAUGUACUCAGUUAUCCUCAGUUAAUCAUUGGAUCAGCAACUUAAGGCAGAGAGGUCAGUAAUUCGUCAUCGCCAACAAACCAUACCCACAAUGCUCGACAAAACCACAGCUAAACAGAAUGUACCAAGCAGCAAAGCAGCAAUAGUGAAACAAAUUUCCGCUCACCCUCCCGGGCACAGCCACGCACAUAUACAGUCCUUUGACUCCAGGAAAGGCUACCUUCUUCAGCCUCCUGCUAACUUGUGGAUUCACAAACACUGAGCUGCAAUUUCCCCGGCAGAUUUGCAGAGCUAGGCUCUGGUCAUCGGGCCUUGACUUCUGGACUUCCAAUCAACCUCCAGCCUUCCACCUGGCCUUCAGUUGACCUUUGGGUUUCAACCCACACUUCCAAUUGACCUUCAGUCUUUGAUCUUUGGUAUUGACCCACCAGCACUUUCUUGGCAACUAGCGGCGGGCAAUUAAAUGCUGGCUCAGCCUGCAAAGUCCACACCCCAUUCAAUUGGAGACUCAACACUACAGAUGCUAGAAGUGGUUCAAAAGUUCAAAGUAUAUUUUAUUAUCAAAGUACAUAUAGGUCUCCAUAUACAACCCUGAGAAUUAUUUUCUUGAGGCCAUACUCAAUAAAUCCAUUAUAGGAUAAUAAUCGUAACAGAAUCAAUUGAAGACUGCACCAACCUGGACUUUUAACCAGAGUGCAGAAAGCAACAAACUGUGCAAAUACAGGAAGAAGAAAUAAUAAUAAUAAACAAAUAAGCAAUAAAUAUUGACAACAUGAGAUUAAGAGUCCUUCAAAGUGUGACAAAUUGUUGCAGUAACAUUUCAAUGAUGGGUCAGGUGAAGUUGAGUGAAGUUGUCCCCUUUGGUUCAGGAGCCUGAUGGUUGAAGGGUAAUAACUGUUCCUGAACCUGGUGGUGUGAGUCCUGAGGCUCCUGUACCUUCUUCCUCUUGGCAGCAGCAAGAAGAGAGCAUAUCUUAUGUGGUGGAAGUCUCUGAUGAUGGAUGCUGCUUCUGUCCAAUGGUAUUUCAUGUAGAUGUGCUCAAUGGUUGGGAGGGCUUCACCCGUGAUAGACUGGGCCACAUCCAUUAUUUUUUAUAGGGUUUUCCAGUCAAGGGCAUUGGUGUUUCUAUACGAAGCUGUGAUGCAGCCAGUCAAUGCACUCUGCACCACACAAUAGACAAUAGACAAUAGACUAUAGGUGCAGGAGUAGGCCAUUCGGCCCUUCGAGCCAGCACCGCCAUUCCCUGUGAUCAUGGCUAUCUACACAUCUACAGAAGUUUGUCAAAGUUUAGAUGUCAUGCCGAAUCUCUGCAAACUCCUAAGAAAGUAGAGGUGGUGCUAUGCUGUCUUUGUGAUUGCACUUAUGUGCUGGGCCCAGGGCAGGUCCGCUGAUAUAAUAACACACAAGAACUUAAGGUUGUUAACCCUCUCCACCUCUGAUCCUCCAAUGAGGACUGGCUCAUGGACCUUUGAUUUCCUUCCCCCGAAAUCAAGAGUCGGUUCCUUGGUCUUGCUGACAUUGAGUGAGAGGUUGUUGUUAUGAAAUCAUUCAGCCAGAUUUUCACUCUCCCUCCAAUAUGCUGAUACAUCACCACUUUUGAUUCAGCCUACAACAGCGGUGUCAUCGCACACUUGAAUAUGGCAUUGGAGCCACACAGAGAUAAGUUUAAAGCGAGUAGGGGAUUAAGCACACAGUCUUGUAGUGUAACUGUGCUGAUGGACAUUAUGGAGAUGUUGUUGCCAGUCUGAACUGACUGGGGUCUACAAGUGAAGGAAAUUAAGGGUCCAGUUGCUCAAAGAGAUAUUGAGGUCAAGGUCUUGGAGCUUAUUGAUUGGUUUUGAGGUGACGACGUUAUUGAAUGCUGAGCUGAAGUUGUUAAAGAGCAUCCUGAUAUAUGUAUCAUAAGACCACAAGAUAUAGGAACAGAAUUGGGCCAUUUGGCCCGUCGAGUCUGCUCCACUAUUUCAUCAUGGCUGAUCCUGUAUUUCUCUCAACCCCUGAAUCCCUUCAUGCCCUGACCAAUCAAGAAUCUAUCAAUCUCUGCCUUAAAUAUUCGUAAAGACUUGCCCUUCACGGCCACCUGUGGCAAGAAACCCCACAGAUUCACCACUCUCUGGCUAAAGAAAUUCCUCCUCAUCUCUGUUUUGAAAGGACACCCCUCUAUUCUGAGGCUGUGUCUUCUGGUCCUAGACUCCCCCACCACAGGAAAUAUCCUCUCCACAUCCACUCCUUCAUGGCCUUUCACUAUUCGACUGACUUCACUUAGGUCACCCUAACUUUCAAUUGUCACGUGUACCAAGGUACAGUGAAAAGCUUUUGUUUACCUGCCAUCCAGAUAGACCAUUCCAUACAUAUGUACAUUGAGGUAGUAGUAAAGAACAACAGGAUACAGUAUAUAGUUUUACAAUGGUAGAGAAAGUGCAGUGCAGGUAGACAAAUAAAGUUCAAGGGUCAUGAGAACUGAGAGAUCAAGAGUUGAUCUAUUAAUGUAUGAGAGGUCCACUUAGGGGUGUAGAUUGGGUGAACCAAAUUGGUAAAGGUGCUGAGGAAGAGGAUUUCUUGGAAUGUAUGCGGGAUGGUUUUUUGAACCAACAUGUCGAGGAACCAACUAGAGAGCAGGCUAUUCUGGACUGGGUUUUGAGCAAUGAGGAAGGGUUAAUGAGCGAUCUUGUCGUGAGAGGCCCCUUGGGUAAGA